AUGCUUUCAUCCAUUAUGGCUCUUCCCAACUCAAUCUCAUGCCUUGUUCAAUCUCAGAAAAUCCAUACUCUUGUGUUUGCAAUUUCCACUUUGUUCAUAUAUGCGAACUCAGUUUCCUUCAACUUCACCAGUUUCAGUCCCAACAUGGCAAACAUAUCCUUCCAAGGCGAUGCCUUUUCAUCCAACAAUGUUCUCCAACUCACGAAGAAUGCUAAAGACGACAACCUCACCGGCAGUACUGGGCGAGCUACGUAUAGCCAGCCAGUUCGUCUCUGGGAUGCCAAGACAAGAAGGCUUACAGACUUCACCACCCAUUUCACCUUCAUCAUGAGAGCAGUAGACCCACAGUGUCCUGAUAAGGCUUUCAAUGCCUCCAAAGGAAAUCAAAUUGUUGCUGUUGAGUUUGAUAGCAAUCGAAAUAGAUGGGAUCCAAGUGAUGAUCAUGUAGGCAUUGAUGUGAACUCCAUUGAGUCUGUGGCUACUGUCACUUGGAAAAGCAGCAUUAAAAAUGGAUCGAAGGCAAAUGCAUGGAUAAGUUACAACUCCAUUACCAAAAACUUGAGUGUCUUUCUAACUUACGCUGAAAACCCUGUGUUUGGUGGGAACUCUAGCCUUUAUUAUAUCAUUGAUCUUAGGGAUUUUUUGCCUGAAUGGGUCAGGAUAGGUUUCUCUGCUUCCACAGGUGAUUGGGUUGAGAUACAUAACAUUUUAGCUUGGGAAUUUGAAUCAAAUUUGGAAGUUAAUGAUAAAAAGAAAACAGGAUUAGUUGUUGGUUUAGCUGUGGGUAUUGGGUUGCUGACUACUUGUGGGAUAGGUGCGUUAUGUUUGGUUGUCUGUAGGAGAAAAAAUAGGACAUGCUGUGCAAAGGACAAUGAGGCCAUUGAUGUUUCCAUGGACGAUGAAUUUGAGAAGGGAACUGGGCCUAAGAGGUUCACUUACCGCCAACUAAUUCGUGCAACCAACAACUUUGCAGAGGAGGGAAAGCUUGGAGAGGGAGGAUUUGGAGGUGUUUACAAGGGAUUGUUAGGUAUCAACACAGAAGUUGCAGUUAAGAGGGUGUCAAGAGGAUCGAAGCAAGGUAAAAAGGAGUAUGUGUCAGAAGUAAAGAUCAUCAGUCGUUUGAGACACAGAAAUUUGGUUCAACUCAUUGGUUGGUGCCAUGAAAAGGGUGAGUUUCUUCUCGUCUACGAGUUGAUGCCCAAUGGAAGCCUUGAUUCCCAUCUCUUCGGAGGAAAAGUCAUGUUAGCCUGGAACCUAAGGUACAAAAUAGCCCUUGGCUUAGCUUCUUCCCUAUUGUACCUUCACGAGGAAUGGGAACAGUGUAUAGUGCACAGAGACAUCAAGUCUAGCAACGUUAUGUUAGAUUCAAAUUUCAACGCCAAACUCGGUGAUUUUGGUCUGGCAAGGCUCGUAGACCAUGAGUUGGGUUCACAAACAACUGUUUUGGCCGGCACCAUGGGCUAUUUAGCUCCUGAAUGUGUUACGACAGGCAAGGCUAGCAAAGAAUCAGAUGUCUAUAGUUUUGGUGUCGUCGCACUUGAAAUCACCUGUGGAAGAAGGCCAGUAGAAACCAGACAAGAACCAAGUAAAGUAAGGCUGGUGGAGUGGGUAUGGGACCUCUACGGCAAAGGGCAACUUCUUGAUGCCGUUGACAAGAGGUUGAGUACAGAUUUCGACGAGCGGCAGAUUGAAAGUUUAAUGAUUGUGGGAUUAUGGUGCAGCCACCCAGACUACACCCUUCGGCCAUCUAUAAGGCAAGUGAUAAAUGUUCUUAAUUUUGAAGCUCCAUUGCCUACACUUCCUUCAAAAUUGCCUGUUGCAAUGUAUUAUGCACCUCCCAUGAGCCUUUGCAAGUUCUCCUACUCAUCAUCUGCCUCCACAACCGGCUCCGAGAAAUAUCGAACUAAAUGUUCUUGCAGCAGCUGCUCUACCAACUCAUCACUGUCGUCUGCAGGGUCUACGAAAGCUCUUUUGAAUACACAGAAAUCUGAUAUCUAG